GACGUGCAAGAUGGGAUACGGCAGACGACGCCGCUGCGGAAAGGCGUGUGGGCUGCCGUAGGGUCUUCGUUAAACUGUUCUGCGCUGGCUUUUUCUCAUAUCGCCAGCUGCAUGGUGCUGUCAGCGCAGCUGGGCGCCUGUCGCCGGUUGAAGCACGUGAGCAGUUCAUCACGGCAACGAGCGUACGACGCUGACUUCAGCCCUUGCUCAUUAGCGCAGUCGGUUUCGGGGCGAGCUCCGGAGUCUACGACGCCUAGUCAAACGUGAUCGCGUCUAUAUGCCUCGACACACAAAUAUCGUUUCCUGGUUCGCCGAUAGAGCCGUCCGUGUUUCUUCACCGCUGGGAAAGACGCGGGAUACCGCGGAUCUGUACAGAGCAAGCUUGUGAUAUUCUUGAAACGCCAUGAAGUUCAACGGGGCCCCCAAGCGAUACGUGCCGCUGCCGCAGAGCCAGAGCGACGACGAAGUCGUGAGGAUAGAGGAACGGCAGGCUCAGCGCCGCAACAACGCGGUCACCGCUUCCAGUGUUGCGGCGACGGCAAAUGGUCGCUCUGGUGCGGCUCCUGGACCCUCUGCGGGUGCAGCACACAUAGCCAUGACACGUCUGGAGGCCAAGCAUGCUGACGCAGCCGGAGUCCCCGACUGGAGCAGCGAAGGGACGGCGCCACUGUCGGCGUGGCGCAAGUGCUGCCUGGCACUGAGCCUGGCAUGCAGCGCCCUCUUCGUGCUUGGGCUCGGCUGGCUGCUGCCGUGCCGCUACGGCAGCCUGCAGCCGCUCGAGAGCGUGCCCAGCGUGCUGCAGCAGUGGACGCACCUCUACCAGGGGGUCGCGCUGACGUCCAAUGUGGAGGCCUCGUUCGAGGACGAUGUCGAGCAAGAGUGCACGGUGCACCUGGGGUUCCGGCAGUACUCUGAGCACAACGAAACGUCCACAGUUGGCGUGAUGGCUCUGAACGGUAUGACCGGGGCGACCAUGUGGAAGCGGGAGCUGUACGCGGCUGCAGUGCGUCAGCAGUGCCUCCCAGACGUCUGCUUCGUGCUGGGCGACGGCUCCAACUCGCUUCUCGCUGCUGUCAACAAGUCCAACGGGGUGGUGCUCUGGUAUGCACAUGACCAUGGAAGCGGUGGGCAGCUUGGUGGCAGUACCUUGCAGUCUGUCUCGGACUUUCAUGUGGUGCCGGACUGCAAUGAGGAUGGCCUGCCAGACCUCGUUAUCUCUACGCAGGUGGAGAAGCCCAGCGCCGAGCCGUUCUCGAUAUCCGUAGUGGAGAGGGCACUGGCGUUGGUCUCGCAGGACGAUGGGCGCCUACUGAGGGCGCCCCUGGUGCUCCCACAGUGCAACAGCAUCCCGCGCAUUCUCGGAGCACUAGAGCAUGGCCGCAACGCCUCGCACCACGUUGACGUCUUUGUGCACUGCCUUACAGACGCCAACAAAGGCUUGCUCUUGAAUGUGCCGCUGAGUCAGCUUUCGUCUGUCAACCGAACGCAAGACGGUACCACAGCACAGGUCAUGUGGAGCAAGAGCAAGGCUUCCGGUGGGGACGGCCUUCAGCUCGUGGUGCUUCAAGAUGACGAGGAGCCCUCGCUGAUCCUGGCCUGGGGUCAGGGCAAGCUGCUCAAGCUGGCCGGCUUAGACUACCACCAGCGCUGGAGCACGGACCUCAAGCUCGACUCGCCCAUCAGGAGCCUAGUUGCCGGCCACUUCACAGCAUUCAGCACCUACGAGCUGUUUGUGGUCUCAGAUCAUGGGACUCGCGCCACACUGUUCCAGCUGUUGAGCGUGUCAACCGGCCAUGUCAGCUGGCAGAUGCAGUACGACGGGACUGCCACACGUGUGGCUCACCUGGUGCCAGCUAUCUCUCGUUACGUGGACGGCGUGCUCAUCAAGGCCACCAGCCCACUGGCGGAUGCCACCGCCAGCCGCCGUGACCUGGACCUCUGGACGAAGAAGUUGCAGGAGCCCAAGUACACCCACUACCUGGAAACGUUCCACGGAAUCCAAAACUACGACCCACAGAAGCACCAGCUUUCGCUGAACACCGAGGAGGAACAGUACUUCAUUGUGGACUUCACAAACAAGACAGUGGACAUCCUGGCACGGCUUACCGUGCAGCAGCUAUGCUUCGGCAGCAAGUGUGCUCCAGACAUUUUCUCACGGAAGGAGAAUGUGGCCAUGCAGGUGCUGCAGCAUCGCCCCGGCAGCUACUACCUCUCGCUCGCCACCACUUCGGCGAACCGGCGUUCAAAUGCCAGUGUGCCCCAUGACACGGUCGUCAGGGUGGCUCUGCUCAGCCACCAGCAUCCUCUGCCAGCCCAGCAGCAACAAAAGAUUUCACCGGGUGCCGUGGACGCAGCAGCCCUGCUAGCGCACGACAAGCACUGCUGCCAGCCCUGACGGGACAGUGCGUCCACUCAUAACAGACUGACGCAUUCUGAGGGUGUGUUGUGAUGGAACUACGUUGACACCUACAGACCUGUCGGAGGAGGCAGUUUCUCCUGGAAAGAGAGAAAGGGAGUGGUGCAAGGCUGUGGCACUUCAUUCAGUGUGUAAAAAAACUAUGGAGGCAAGCUGGUCUUGACCUUUCUGCUUGCACUGAGCACCCAUAUGAAUAUUUCUUUAGCUAUUUUAGUGUUUUAAAGGUAUGCGGGAGGUCAUGGUCGUGAGUUUUGUUCUCAGCUGGUUCGUUUGCAUUCUGACAGGAGUAAAAUGUGAAAGAGCUUACUUAGGUGCUCAUAUUGAGGGACAGAGAAAGACUCUCAGGUGGACAAAAUUAACUUGGUACACUCGACUAUGUAGUCUUUCAUAGCUGAGGUGUCUCUUUGGGGCUUUUCAAUCCCAUCAAUCAAUCUCGCAGGGAAGCAGGUUGGCACACAUGUGCUUUUAGUGCUUGUAUCUUGUAUGCCCGCUUGCAUUUGCAGUUGAAUUUAGUGACUCGACUUAGAGAUGGGAACACAUGCAGCUGCGCUUUAAAGGUACAGCAGGACUCUGCUUCAAAAGGAAGGUGUAAGAAUUGGGGAAAAUAGGGACAAUGUUUGCCUGUAUGUUUAACCUGGAUUGCUGGUUUUCCAUGUAAGUAAUGCAUACUUGCCAACUCUUCCAAAUUUUUUAUAAAGGUAACGAAUUUGGGCUGGUUCUAUAAUGUUAUGAAAGUUGUGUCAAGCUUUAUGAAAAGUGCUAGUUAUUUGUGAAACUAUUGUAAAGCCUUUUAAGGAUGUGGAUGGUGCAAGAUUGCAAAAAAUGCAAAAGAACAAUUGUUGUGGCACCUAUGCUGCCCUCUUAUCAUGGUGCAAUACUACAUACACUACAGGGGUACUUGCUUUGUGAAGUUUAUUCAAACAAGUUCCUGAAGUGCGCAAAAUUGGCUACAGCAAAGUCGCUGAAAAACUCUCUGUGAUCCAAAAUGAAUGUGUUGCUUGUCAGCGUCUGCUGUUCCAAAUUUGCCACUGCAAAAGUGCUGUGCCUAAAGGUAUGUGCGCACAUAAAAUGUGCAGGUAUUUUGCAAAGCGUGUGUGUGGCCAGGGUAGGCUUUAAAAAAUUUUACCAGCUAGCCGAGGCAGCCGCUGAGACCCAAGGGAUCUCGGCCGUCUGCUAGGCGGAGGGAGGCUGCGUCCGCCCUCGUGAAUUGCUGGCACCAUUAAAGUUGUAUCUCUCUCUCUCUCUCUCUAGUAACAAUUUUGACUGUUGCUUACAUGUGCAAGCCCAUCAGUUUUCGUGCUCAUGGUUGUGUAAAUAUUUGAUUGAAAGGCUUCUUUCCCAGAACUUCUCCAUGAGCUGCAAGAGACAGGGCACUGGAGAACAAUUGAAUUAUUUUAAACUCUCGUAAUUCUCAACAGGGAAUGCAAAACUCUCUUCUUGAGCUCAGCACACAAGCCUGUCCAAUGGCAGUUGCAUUGUGUCAGGCGUUGAAGUCCAUCUCGAAUUGUGCUCAAUAGUGGGACACCAUCACUGUGUCGUCAGCUUCUUGUGAGUGUUUUGUUAGGAUUCAACAGCUGGUCUUUGCAUAAGUGAACAAACUUCUCUACAGCCUUGCCCAGUGAAAAAUCUAGUCAAGGGCUGCUGCAUUUGCAGCCAUGCAAUAGGUCUUUCUCACAUGCCUGCAAAAUAUUGUAGAGUUUUGGGUCAAAGCAGAUACCUAUAAACCAAACAGUAAAGGAAGUGCUCUCUUAAGUGAAACCCACUUGGAAUGUCAACAAAUUUAAAAUGUCGUACUUCCUUGCCUGUCCUGCUAGUCAAAAAUGUUUGAGAUUAUUUUGUGAGGUACAGAAGCCCAGUGGUCGUCAUCUGCAUUGCCACCACCUGACUUCCCGUGGCUUUGUUCAUCACACGGUACGCCACCGUAAGUUCUGUUUAUUGGUUUUCAAAUGCUCCACUUUUAAAAAGUUCAGCUGGGAUGUCUUUCCUGUCAUUCCAUGCACCCGCUGUCCACUUUACCACGUACCUUUAGUUAUGUAUGGUUAGUGCAACCAGUUGGGUUUAGCUGACACCCCAUCUCGGCCAGCCGUUUGGUGUGGUGACGUAGCCAUAGUGCUCAGGCGGAUUGUUAAAGGCAACGUCAGUGCUUGCAACUUACUUGGAGAUUACCUGAACUGCAUCCUUAUUUAUUGAGUCCUCAUUCCUCGACAAAAGCAGGCACAUUCAGAUGAGGACAGAAUGCAAUCGCACUCAUGUACUGAGUACUGCACAUUAAAGAACUUCAGGUAGUCAAAGAUGUUUACUAGUUUUUACCCCACUAUGAGGUCUCUGAUAGCCUAGUGUUGCCAUGGCACGGUAAAUGCCUAUCAUUUGAGUGCACCGACUCUUUGGACCACAAUCUCAAAUCUAAGCUGACUCCGGAGUUCUCUAUCUGAGAUUCUGCGAGAGAGUAUGAACUCAUAUUCAGUAAAUAUCGCAGCAACACAUUCAGCAAUCUUGUGUCCUGUGGGGUGCGUCCAGUAGGAAUGUUGUGACAUCGCGGCAAGCCUGCUUGAAACAAAGUUGUCACUAGCACAGCACGGCUGAAAUCACACUUUGUAAUACCUCAUGACAAGCUUCAUCAGGCAGCAAAAUAUGCAUUGACUGAAAUACUAUGCUAGGAGGAAUUCAACAACAUCCUGGUAUUGAAAGCAUUGCAAAUUUCAUUAUAUAAUGGUGGUUUAUUGCCGUAUAAGUGUGUUAUUGACAUUGCAAGGUACAAACUUGGAUCAAAAUGCUGGCAGAUGCUCACCUAACCACUAGACAUUGUCGUGUGCUUUUUGGAGCAAAUGCUCCCCCCCCCCCCCCCUUCACCGCUCUUUCUAUUUUUGGGGAACUGUACACACAGCAUAUUCAUACUGCAAUAUGUAUAGUUUUAUGCAUAUGCAUUUAUGCAUGGUGCAUGCCGAGAAAGAAUUUGCCUAUUUUUCUUUGUGCAAUUAUUUUAUUUGUACAAGAUUCCCUAUUUAUUUGUUAAGACUAGAGCUGAUGUACACUUGAGGUGUCUGUUUCCUAUAUUUUUAUUACAUUUUAGCAAACUAGUGCUACCCAGUGUCACUGUAAUAUAUAUUGUGACUUUUGCUUCUUUGCUUCACCACACUAUAUGGUUUAAAUGUUUCUAUUGUUCUACUAUCUGUUUGCUUUGUUCAUGUAUUGCCUUUGACAAUGUUGUAAGGCAUACACAGGCAGGUUAUAACGCAAUCACUUUCACAGCUAAAGAAAGAAAUGGAAGUUGCAUGUUUACAAGAUGGUUAAUGACUACCGUAAACUACAGGAAGCAUAUGGUUUGUGUUCAGAAAUAGUAUCAUAUAUAUAUAUAUAUAUAUAUAUAUAUAUAUAUUAGUUUCUGUUCAAUGCUUGGCAAUGAAAAUAUUUUUUUUUUCUUUCUGUCAGAAAGAAAUCGUGUGAUUCUGUGACUGUUUUGCUUUGGAGAUUAUAUUGGUGUGUAGAAUCAUAAUAGAAUACUUAUGAGUGUGAAGUUCACCUUUGUUCUGAAUGUUUUUGUUGUUUGGUAGGACAAAUUUUUCAUCACAGCUUAAUGCAGCCACUGACCAUCUAUCUACCUAGUAAUUUUCUUCAGUGGAAGACUUCACAGCCGAAGAAAAAAAAAAUUAUUGGUUUGGUUUUCUGUGUUACCUUCUGGUGGUUGAGAUCAGUGGAUGGCAAUACUUUCUGAAAAUUGCAGACGUUACCAUCUUGUUAAGGUACAUUGCUGAUAGCAUGCUUAUGACAGUUGACAACUGUGAUAUGUUAUAAAAAAACACCAAAGGCAAAUAUUAGGCUUAACUAAAGUGAUGAGUUACUGCUACAAAGUGCCCAGGGUGUCAGCUUUAUUGAGAAAAAGGCUUUCGUAAGCGAGGAAAUGGUGUGCACAUAUGGUUGGAUUGGUGCCACCUUUCUGAAUAUACAAAACUAGUUGCUGACUAUGUAGGUGUUACGUUCUUAUUGUGAUUCCGUCAUGAUAGUCAAGCAUGUGGAAUAAGAUUUUCAUCACAUUGGACUUGAGCGUGAAAGAAAAUGCAGUUGCAUCAUGUUUAUUAGAUUCUUACUCCUACAGAAAAGUUGCCUGAAUGUGUUGGGCUGCUGAGCACGAGGUCGCGGGAUCGAAUCCAGGCCAUGGCGGCCGCAUUUCGAUGGGGGCAAAAUGCGAAAACGCCCGUGUACUUAGAUUUAGGUGCACGCUAAAGAACCCCAGGUAGUCCAAAUUUCAGGAGUCCUCAACUACGGAGUCCUCAAUUUCAGGAGUCCUCAACAAUCAGAUCGUGGUUUUGGCAUGUAAAACCCCAUAAUUUUUUUUUAAGUUGCCUGAAGCUGCCUCUUCAAAUGUUUUUGACAUCCGAGAAACUUUCUGACACAAAGCAGGGGUAAUUGGAGGGCAGUAUUCAUUAUUAGGCUGAUGGUAUCUGCGUUAUAGUUGAUUGAUAUUGUAUGAGAUGUCGAAACACAGGCUAGUCAGCACCUUUCAUCCUAUUAUUGCCCCCACACAUGCUCAAAAAUCAGCGAAAAAGCGCAUUAGAAAUGGACUAGCAUGAUGUGAAUACGUGUACGAUGGUACUUGUUCGUAGACCACUAUGAUGCCUGUUUUACUGUCUCGUAGUGGCUUGUUUUAGGGGAGGAUGCACAAGAGUUUCAUUGCAAGUACGAAGUCCUUGUGGAAAGACCUUUCUCUUGUGCUGUUGGCUCGUAUAAUCGAAUCUCAUCUGUAUUUAUGUUUAACUGCAUUUGAUUAAUUUCCUUGCUGUUUUUAUUUACACGAAUAUGUGCAAUGCCUUCACACAGGUAAUAAAUGUUUUUUUUU